AGUUUCCAUUUUUAUUUAUAUCUCUAAGAUUUAUUGAAGAAUUGUACAGUUUAUAUUCAAAAAUCAUGUUGUGAGUUUAUAUUUAUUAUUUUUAACUACUAUACUUGUAUAUGACUCUGGACUCUGGUUUUCUUUUGUUCAUGCUGUCGUUGACAUAUUCUGAUGCUUGUUAAUAAUUCAUACGAAUACUGAUUUUUCUUUGAUUUCUGUUAUGUAAUAAUUGAUGAAGUUCUUAAUUUACUGAUUUGGGGGCUUUUCCCCGAAUUUGUGAACUGAAUAAACCCUUAAAUUGAAAAAACUGUUCUUUUACGAGAAGAAAUGUGCCGAAAUGUGUAGAGAAAAUUUGUGAAGAAAGAAUGACAUGAAUUAUAAUCUUGCUCUUUGGCGAAUCCACUUAGCUGCUGCUUUUUGUUGUUGAUUGAAUGUGAAUUUCUUCAAUUUGAAUGCUUUUGUGGAAAAAAAGAUAAAUUCUUCUUUAGUUUAGAAUUAUAAUGAACUAUUUUAAAAUGAAUUAGUUUAGCAAAAUCCCUUUCCACUCGUUCCUUGCAUCUCGAUCCUUCACUGGUUUUUACCUCUACUCCUUAGACAUCUUCAGCCGCUGCCGCAGGACUGUACUCAUCAGACCAUGUACUCACCAUCUCAUUGAUGUAUAAUGUGGCAGAAGCUUGAUUUGUAUUAUAGAGGAAUGUAGUCUGUAAUUAUGAUGAGAACAUUCUUUAAAAAUUAUGGCUUACAUAGAGUGACUGUAAUAUCAAUCUGUUUUGAGCUGCAUGGUAGAAAAGGUUGGGAGUUUGAGUGAUAAAUGGAGUCUAAUGCCACCAUGACUAGCUCAAAUUUGGAGCCUCGUGAAGACAUGGAGUUUGAUUCACAUGAGGCAGCAUAUGAAUUUUAUAAAGAAUAUGCCAAGUCUGUGGGAUUUGGAACUGCUAAGUUGAGUAGUCGCCGCUCUAGGGCAUCCAAGGAAUUUAUCGACGCAAAAUUUUCAUGCAUCAGAUAUGGGAACAAACAGCAGUCUGAUGAUGCUAUAAAUCCACGGCCUUCUCCCAAGAUUGGUUGCAAGGCAAGCUUGCAUGUAAAAAGAAAGGAAGAUGGAAAGUGGUAUGUGCACAAUUUUGUCAAGGACCACAACCAUGAACUUUUACCUGCACAAGCUCAUUUCUUCCAAAGCCAUAGAGAUCUGGACCUACUCAAGAAUGAUGUUCGAUUGCGCAAACGUAAACUUUUAGCUUCUAUGUCCAAACAAUUCAAUGUGUAUCAGAAAGUUGGGUGUUUGGAGAAUCUUAAGAGAAGUCAGCAUGCGAAGGGCCGAAGCUUGUCUUUAGAAAUCGGAGAUGCCCAAAUGCUGCUUGACCUCUUGAUGCAAAUGCAGGAAGAGGAUCCAAAAUUCUUCUAUGCCUUGGAUUUGAAUGAAGAGCAACGGUUGAGAAAUGUGUUUUGGGUUGAUGCGAAAGGUCAAACUGAUUAUAGUUAUUUUAAUGAUGUGGUGUCUUUAGAUACAACAUAUGCUAGGAACAACUACAAGAUUCCUCUUGUUCUGUUGGUUGGAGUUAAUCAUCAUAUUCAGCCACUUUUACUUGGUUGUGCGCUGAUUGCAGAUGAAUCAGUGCACACUUUUCUUUGGUUGGUGCAGACAUGGCUUAUAGCGGUCGGUGGACAGCCUCCUCAAGUUCUGCUUACUGAUGAAAACAGUGCACUCAAAACAGCUAUUGCCGAACUUCUCCCUUCCACUCGUCAUUGCUUUUGUUUUUGGCAUAUCUUUGAAAAGAUCCCGAAGAAAUUAGAUCAUAUUAAUAUUUGGCUUGAUGAUUUCAUGGAGAAGUUUAAUAAAUGCAUCUUUAAAUCAUGGACAGAAGAGCAAUUUGAGAAGAGAUGGUUGAAGUUGCUCGAGAAAUUUGAACUUCGAGAUGAUGAAUGGCUUAGAUCAAUUUAUGUAGAUCGUGUCCAUUGGGUUCCAGUAUUUAUGAGAAACAUAUCAUUUGCUGGGCUGUCUGCUAAUUCACGGUCUGAAUGUUUGAACUCUUAUUUUGAUAAAUAUGUCAACGAGGAGUCUUCUUUGGGAGAAUUUCUAGAACAAUAUAAGCUUUUAUCUAGUGAUAGAUAUGAAGAAGAGGCCAAAGCAGAAUUUGAUGCAUGGCAUGAAGCUCCUGAAUUGAAGUCUCCAUCUCCUUUUGAGAAGCAGAUGUCCUGGGUGUACACUCAUGAAAUUUUAAAAAAGUUUCAAGUAGAAGUCUUGGGAGCUGCUGCGUGCCAUCUAAAAAAGGAAAAAGAAGAUGCAACUGGCAUAACAUAUACUGUUAAAGAUUUUGAGAGUAACCAAGACUUCACUGUUGAAUGGAAUGAAUCGAGCUCCGAGAUCUGUUGUUUGUGCCGUUUGUUUGAAUACCAUGGCUUCCUUUGUCGACAUGCUAUUGUCGUUCUUCAAAUGUCUGGUGUAUUUAACAUUCCUUCUAAAUAUGUUCUACAACGUUGGACUAAUGCCUCAUUAAGUAGGCAUUCUAUUAGUGGGAAACUGGACGAGGUGCAAGCCAAAGUACGUAGGUACAACGGUCUUUGUCGGCGAGCCUUAAUCUUGGCUGAAGAAGGCUCUCUGUCUAUAGAUAGCUAUAAUGUAGCAGUAUCAGCUAUGAGAGAUGCUUUUCAGCAGUGCUAUGAUGGAAAUAGUUCUUUUGAAAAAGAUCUAAGACCCAAUUCUUCAAUUUAUUUGAUCAAUUGCAAUGGAUUUGAUUCACAAGGUAGCCAUUCAAGAUUAUGCGAUGGGGAGCUAGAUAGAGGAUCAAGUGAGAUAAGUACGGUUCCCAUGAGACCCGAGUUUGGAAAGGAGACAAUCAGCAGCAAUAUGAAUGUAAACACCCAAGAAAACGCAGUACUUGACCAAGACAUCACAGCCGUUGGAUCUGAACAUGGCUUUACUCAAAUGGAAACCCCGAAUACAAGGCCUGCACUUCUACACGAUAUGUUUCCAGUACCCUUUCAUACUUCAAUGUCGAGUAUGAUUCGAGGGACAGGACCAGGACAAUUUCAGCAUGCAAUAUGGCAACAGAGACAUGCUGACGGUGGUUAAGUUUGUAGCUGUUGGGAGUUUGGGCCUUCUGAAAAAUAUAGAUGUUAAGUAGGAUGUCUGUCUUCUGUAGAUCUCAGUCAUCAAACUGUCUGCCAAAUAGUGACCCAAAUCAAAUUAGUGGUAGGAGCUUGAAAUUUGUUACUUUAACCCUUGGGGUCGCUUGGAUAAAGUAUAAAUAUUUAAGGGGUAAAAAAAAGUCAAACUAGUGAAAUGAAGGUAAGUAGAGGUGCAAAUAAAGUAAUUGAACUACUUAUGAAAGAUGUAGAAUGAGAGUAAACUAAAAAAAAUGAAUAGAAAAGAAUGAUGAUUUCUCUUAUUUGGAGGAAAUUAUUCCCCCACUCUUCCCUAGGGUAAAUUUAUACCCCAAAUAUGAGGGAACAUAAUUGUUGUUUUAUCCAUCUUCAUUACCUUCUAACCAAUUCUUGCAUCUCUCUAACAAUCAAAUUCCUUUAAUUUUCUAUCUAAUUAGCUUUGUUUUCCUACUUUGACUUUUAUUUACCUUUUAAUAUUUACACUCAAUCCAAGCGAGCCCUUUAAAUAGCUGAUUUAGAUCGACUCCUCAUUAAGGGUAUUGGGUGUUAGAUCAUUUUUCUCGUUCCCUCACUCGGGUUUUUUGAGGAGUUUUGUAGUGGUGUUGUGGUUCAACCCCGUUUAGUUAUCCUAUUUCCUCCCUCCGACUAAAUUAAAAAGCCAAAAAGAAGCUAGUAAACAACGUCCAUUUUAAGAGGUAGACAUGAUGUAGGUCGAAUAAUAACUGAAAAUGUAUAUAGAUAUUGAAGUUUAUAGUACAUGAUUAUGAUUA